UUUGUGGAUUGGGCCCGGGAUUUCGAGACUUCCCUGCUGAAUAACCGAAUUCCGGAUACAACACGUUUUCUGCAGGAAUAUGACUUUAUUAUCGUGGGAGCAGGAAGUGGUGGUUGUGUCCUGGCCAAUCGACUGAGUGAGAUAUCCUCGGCAAGCGUCUUGCUCUUGGAGGCCGGUGAUCAGGAGACCUUCAUCAGCGAUGUCCCACUGACGGCGGCUCUCACCCAAAUGACUCGCUACAAUUGGGGCUACAAGGCGGAGCCCACGGAAAACGCCUGUCAAGGAUUAAAGGACGGCGUUUGCAAUUGGCCCAAGGGGCGUGGCGUGGGUGGCACUAGUCUGAUCAACUUUAUGCUCUACACUCGCGGUCAUCGCAGGGACUACGAUGACUGGUCGGCGGCCAACAACUCGGGUUGGUCCUACGAUGAGGUGCUACCAUACUUCCGGAAAUCCGAGAGAAUUGGCAUACCAGAACUGUAUAAAUCACCCUAUCAUGGUCGCAAUGGCCAGCUGGAUGUGCAGUAUACGGAUUAUAGAUCGCAGUUGCUAAAGGCCUUUCUUAAAUCUGGCAGGGAAAUGGGCUAUGAUAUAACAGAUCCCAAUGGGGAACACCUGAUGGGAUUUGCCAGAUCUCAAGCCACUAUUCGAAAUGGCAGAAGGUGCAGUACCAGCAAGGCUUUUAUACAGCCAGUGGUAAAUAGAAAGAAUCUGCACAUUUCCAUGAAGAGUUGGGUCACUAGGAUAGUAAUAGAUCCCCUUACCAAAACAGCCACUGGGGUGGAGUUUGUGAAGAAUCGCCAGCGUUUCAUAGUUAAAGCUAGAAAGGAGGUCAUCCUAUCCGCUGGAACCAUCGCCAGUCCCCAGAUCCUCAUGUUAUCAGGAGUGGGUCCGGAGGCUCAUCUCAAGGAACACAAGAUCUCCGUGGUUCAGGAUCUGCCAGUGGGUUACAAUCUCCAGGAUCACAUAACCCUAAAUGGUCUCGUGUUUGUGGUCAAUGAUUCCACGGUGAACGAUGCCCGCUUGCUGAAUCCCUCGGAUAUCUUUAGGUACCUCUUUGCGGGACAGGGACCUUAUACCAUUCCAGGCGGAGCCGAGGCCUUUGCCUUCGUACGAACUCCCAGCUCCAGUUUUGCGAAAGACUAUCCUGAUAUGGAAAUAGUUUUGGGCGCGGGAUCCCUAAGUGGCGAUCGCUUUGGCACCAUGCGAAACUUGCUGGGCAUCACCGAUGAUUUCUACGACUACAUGUUUGGGGAUCUGCAGAAUAAGGAAACUUUUGGCUUAGUUCCUGUGCUCCUGCGUCCCAAAAGUCGGGGUAGAAUAUCGCUGAGAAGCAGGAAUCCAUUCCACUGGCCACGAAUGGAACCCAAUUUCAUGCAGGAUCCCGACGAUGUGAGGGCCAUGAUCGAGGGAAUCGAAAUGAUCCUGAAGUUAGCCCGAUCCAAGCCCAUGGUGAAGAUGGGCACUCGUUUCCACGACCGUCCCUUUCCGGGCUGCGAGCAUCUGAAGUUCGCCAGCGAGGAGUACUGGAGGUGCUGUCUGCGGAGAUAUGGUUCCAGUUUGCAGCAUCAAUCGGGUACCUGCAAGAUGGGGCCUGAAUCGGAUAAUACCACAGUGGUAGAUGCCCAACUGAGGGUGCAUGGCAUCCGGGGUUUACGAGUUGUGGAUGCUUCGGUGCUACCCAAUGUUCCAGCUGGCCACACGAAUGCCAUUGUGAUUAUGGUGGCAGAAAAGGCUUCUGAUAUGGUCAAGGAUGCCUGGCGCAUGAGAACCACUCCCUGUGAACUCCUGAAUCUACGUUUAAGCUCAUUAUUUAUUAUUUAAUUUUCGCACCAGUCAUUACAUUAAGUUCUCAUGUGAUAGUUAAGAUAGCUGUUAAGUGGUUAUUUGGUUGCAAUGGGGGAUUUUUAAGAUAUUUCACCGAAAUUUAUACUUAUUUUAAUGGAAAUG